GGGAAUUGUAGUUCAAGUCAUGGCGUGUCUCUGCGCAUUCAGCAGAAGCUGUGGAGAUCCCUCCUGUAAUUCAUAUCGACUACCAUCCCAGCACGCGCAGCUGAUGGACACAUAUGGCGGAGAGCUAUGACUGAGGAUUUUGAUGAAGAAAUUGUUUUCGAGAACUCUCCGCUGUUCCAGUACUUGCAGGAUCUAGGACACACAGAUUUUGAGGCAUGUUCUCCCGUUUCUCAGGAGGAGGAGCCAAGCGCUGGUGGAGAGGAGGCACAGUUUCCUCAGGAUAUCCUCCCUUCUCACAGAAAGGGUGGUGUUUGGAGGCUGGUUGAUGCUCUGGGCAGUCUGAAUCCUCUGCGUCGAAACAGCGCCACCCACUGGCAGGAGCAGCAGCUGGAUGCUGCUUUCCGCCAGUAUUCCCUGCACUGUCUGUUAUCUCAGGAUGUGCUGUUGCAGGAGGAUGUUGAGCUGAUCGAGCUCUUAGAUCCGAGCGUGCUUUCUCUGGGCUCCACUGAUACCGUCUGCCCCAGUGCCAGCACUUCUGUGCCAGCGCCACGCUACCUCUCGCCUCCCUCUAUACGGGAUGUGUCAGUUUUGGUCGGGCUGCUAGCUGUGUUGCUCGGCGUGUGUUUUUCGUACCCUGACCACGAGCGGGCUCUGUGGCUGUGCGUUGUCCUGGUGUGUGUUACGUGUGUGUGUCGUGGUCUGUCUCUGUGGCGUAAGGCCGUUCUACAGCGGCGCGUUCAGUCUCUGGCCGUCCAGCUGGAGGGUUUGGUGAACAACAGCCGAGCGCUGACCAGUCUCUCUCGCAAGUCACUGCGACUCAUACAGGAGACCGAAGUCAUCUCACGAGGUUUCACCCUUUUACUCGACAGGGUGAGUGGCGCCUGUCCCUUUAACAGGGCGGGGCUGCUUCGCAGCCAGCAGCUGAUUGGUCUACGGAAGGCGGCCUAUCAGAGUCUUCGUUGCGCAUUCCGAGCCUCUCGCAUCGCCACAUGCAUCAUGCUCAAGUCAUUUCCGCUGAACUCAGAGAUUGACAAUGUCACCAACUACGUGUCCACCGUGCCAAUCAGAGAGCUUGGUCUCGGUCUAGGGGUGGAGCAUCUUUCUGACGAUCAGGCACAAGAACUGACCAACGAUUACAGUCUGCCUGCACUCAAGAUGUUGUUCCAGUUGUGGGUCGGGCAGAGCUCAGAGUUUUUCCGGCGGUUAGCUCUCUUAUUGUCUCCAGGGAGGGAGGAGCUAGACUCCAGGCUGAGCCCCCUCAUGUACAGCAGCGUCCCGUUGAUAACUGACUCUCUCCAUCGCACGCUGACUGCUUGCCUCAAAGACCUUCGGCGCAGCUUUGAUUUCCAUCGUUACUUUGAAACACAGCACCAGUCACUGCCCUCAGAAAGAAAUGGACGUGCUCAGCAGAAAUGUAGAGAGCUCAAUGCUCUGCACACGUCUGUCCGCAGUUUACAACUUCACCUGAAAACACUCUUAAAUGAGGUCAUAAUUCUUGAGGAUGAUCUGGAAAAGUUAAUGGUUGCUAAGGAGACGGAGGAGAUGACGUGUGCUGGCUAUCAGGAGCUGAAGGAGCGUCUGCAGCUGCUGCAGCCUCACAUGCAGGCCAGCACCUGCUGCUGGGACGACACACUCGCGCAGGUCGACCGCAUGCUACGCAGAGUGUCCAGCUGCCCAGAGAGUUCAGAUCAGCCAGAGGAAACAGCUGUCCCAGAUCCCCCUCCUCCUGCCCCCUUCAAACACAUACAGGACAGAGACCCCGUCCCAGAGGAGCAGGAGCUGGAGGCAUACGUCUCGGACUCGGACUCUGAGACGGAGUGGAGGGGGGUCACGGACAUGCUGUCGCCAUGGGAACAGGAGCGCCAGCGGCGGGAACGUGAGGAGUCCAGACGUGUUUUACUCGAGCUGAAGUCUGUCCUGGGCAUCCGGACGUCAGAUGGAGAGAGAGACAAGCGCAAGCUUCUGCUGUUCAGUGAUCAGGCCGCCCUGGCUCCAUUUGCUAAGGACACAUCAGAAACGGACACGAACUCUUUAGAACCGCAUAUUACAGCAGAGUCCGUGCCUACGACGGAAAACCAUGUCUCCCAACCAGGAGAGGAGAAUGAAUGUGAACCGCAGACAGAGAUCCUGAGUGAGGCAGAAGGAGAGAGAGAUUCUGUGACUGAGUUUUGCUGUGGAGACUCUGAUGUAACUGGGGCAGCUAAAGAUACCAGAGAUGAGACUGCGGAGGAAACACAGCUCUUCCAGUCAGACGGGCUUAUUGAAGAGGGGCAUGAUGGGACACACCCGCUCACACCCAGAGUGCCCAUCCUCUCUGUGAUCGACAGAUUGACAGAACUGCAUGGCUCUGAAGCGAUCAGUUUCAGCUCUGCCCUUGCUGCCCAGGUAGCAGCGCGCUCGCAUACGUUCACACACAUGCAGGAAUGCACCUAUGAGGACUCGGAGGAGGAAGAGGAAGUGACAUCACCGCAGAAGAGAGAAACUGACGAGGACUGAAACCGCAAGAUAUUUAUUCUCAUCCUUUUGGUUGUAUUUAUGAAGCUUGAUUUCAGGUCACAGACAUCAUUGGAUGUAGCUGGUGUGUGUGAAUCUGUUUUUGGUCUCUGUUUUAAAGUGUGUGUGUUUGGGGGAUUUAUGUUUCAUGUGACAUCCCACGUCCACUCUCCUCAUGACAGGCCUCAGGUACAGACUAGAACGUGCUAGUACACAAAAAUAACAGACCAAAACCUAAACAUUAACGCAAAACUACAUGUCCUUGGCCAUAUCCCAGUGUCAUUCACUGUAACAGAGGUCCUACACAGAGUAACCAAAACGAGCUCUUAAAAGUCAGUUUUAUUGGGUAUAUCCCAUAAAGCCCAACAAGAGUCAAAUUUGACCCCAAUUAAA